UGAAGCGCGUGUGCGCGUGCGCGCGAAUUGAGAUACCUAAAUGUAUCAUUGUAGUGUGCUGUGCGGCAGUCACCAAUAAACCUUGAUUCGUGUUACACGUCGUUUUCUUUAUUAUCUCAGUGGCGACGAGGAUUGGUUUUCGUAAAAAGUUAAUAGUUUCUAGACAAAAUGCCGAUCGGGAAAUUGACGGAAUUUAAUGUAAGGACUGGAAAUUGGACUUUGUAUAUCGAAAGAGCGGAGAUGUUCUUCAAAGUGAAUGAGGUGAAAAAAGAUUUGUGGCUACCGACUUUAAUCGCGGCUAUGGGAGAUGAGUCUUAUGAAUUAUUAAGUAAUUUGACUAGUCCAGAUUUACCAAGCUCAAAAACCUACACAGAAGUCGUAAGCGUGAUUAAAAACCAUUUACAACCGAAACCAUCAUUUAUAUCGCAAAGGUAUCAUUUUCGACAGAGGCGACAAAAUGCGGGUGAGUCGAUAUCGCAAUAUCUCUCGGAGUUGAAGAAAAUGGCCAAAUAUUGUGAAUUUAAAACUGCUUUAGAAGAUAACCUAAGAGAUCAGCUGAUUUGUGGGUUGCGGAGUGAAUUAAUCAGACAAAGGUUAUUCGCGGAAGAGAAUCUGGUGUAUGGAAAAGCAGUAACCAUAGCCUGUGCAAUGGAAGCGGCAGAAAAAGAUGCAGCGGCGGUGGAACAAAAGACGACGGGUGGCGUGACCGACCCGGGUGGCGGCAGCGAGACCGGCAGCGCGGCUAGUGCGCUGAACGCCGUGAACGCGCACUCCGCGCGGCGGAGCGGACCGGGCCAUCGGGGGGGAGGGGGCGCACGCGCACCGGCAGCGUCGUCGGGGCCGGAUCGGAAAGGACAGGGUGACUCAAGAUACAAUUGUUAUGCGUGCGGAGCCGCGGGACACGGCAGCGAUGAGUGUCGCUACCGACGCUUUAUCUGCGGGAGAUGUAAGCAGCGCGGGCAUUUACGUCGUGUGUGCCCAUUGAAUAAUGGGGGGCCACGAGGAUUGCGAGGAGGAAUACACAGCAACAUGGUAGCCCAUGUACGAACCAGUAACGAAGCAUCGUCGGAGAGGAUGGAUUUUCCUGAGUGGUCGGGAGAUGAUGAACCUCCAUCAACCUGGGACGAGGAGGACUGGCGAGUGGAGGACCUACAUCAACUAAGUUUAAGUAGUUAUAAGCCGGCAUAGCGAGUUGUUUUCGGAGGGAUUGGGCCGGUUCACGGGAGGGGUAGCCAGGCUGCGGGUGCGCGUGGGGGCGGUGCCGGUGUUCUGCCGCGCGCGGCCGGUGCCCUACGCGCUGCGUGAGCGGCUCGACGACGAGCUGGAGGGCAUGCUGCGCGCCGGCGUCAUCGAGCCGGUGGAGAGCGCGGACUGGGCGACUCCCCUCGUUCUUGUGCGUAAGGCUGACAAUGGACUCCGUAUCUGUGCCGAUUAUAAAGUAACACUAAAUCCGGUUCUGGUAGUUGAUAGGUUUCCGUUGCCGCGCAUCGAUGAUCUAUUGGUGAGAUUAAACGGUGCUAGAAUUUUCUCAAAAAUCGAUUUAUCGCAGGCCUACAACCAGAUUGAACUCAACGACCCUGAUAACUUAACAGUCAUCAACACACACAAGGGUUUAUAUAAGUACAAAAGAUUAGUAUACGGGUUAUCCUCCAGCCCCGGUAUUUUUCAACGGAUUAUGACAAAUCUUUUUAACGAUAUUCCCAACACAGGGGUAUUUUUAGAUGAUGUAAUCAUCGGAACGUCUAAUAUACAAGAACAUUUAGCAAUUCUAGAAAGAGUGUUACAACGCUUAUUAAA